AUGGAAUUGAAACGAAAAUUGGAACCCUCGUUGGAGAUAAUGCCAGAUCAAAUGACGUUCUCUGUCGUCAUCAAUCUCAUCGUUCAGGCCUUUCUGUUCAGUUCAGAAGGGGAUGGAAAGCUCAUGGAGUUAUACGAUAAAGAAGAUGAGGAACAGGAAGGAGAGGAGGCUGAGGAAGAAGCCUUACAAUCAAUACCACUACCAGGAAAGUCGAAAGACAAGAGGAAGAAGAAAAAUGAGGAACCUGACGAAAGAGGCAAAAACAUUCGAGAUAUCAUGGGACCAAUGGGAAAACUCCACAACAACGUUGUCCACAUCCGCAAGUCUGCUAAUCGUACAACAUGGUUCAAAGAUCGUGCUGGUAAAAUCAUUCCUCUUGACAACCGUACGAGUUGGAAAAGCUGGUUUGCCAUGUUAAGUGUGGCUCUAGAGGAUAAAGUCAAGGCUGGGCUUCAACUUUACGUUGAGCAUUACCAAGAUGAUGUCUCAAAAGAUGAUAUCCUUACAACAAGUGAAUGGGUACAACUCCGGUCAAUUCAUGAUUUCCUUCAAUUUUUUCAUGAAGCAACCCUGUAUCUUCAGGGAGAUCACACAACGUUGGAAAGGGUUUUAGAAUCAAUUGACAUUCUUCAGAGUAUAAUACAAACCACAUUGGAGACAGCCAGUAAGGCUAAAGACGAGUUUAUGGCUCCUCAGCUCCAGCGUGCCCAGGAAAAGAAUAUCACCACCGAAGGAGAAAAGAAGCUCUACAUCGUACGGAAGCUCUGGGAGAGAUUCCGCGACAGAAUACCAUUUUCAGCUGUACUGUACGAGUCUGAAAGUGUAGGCAAGCAUGCUCUCCAGCCAGAGGAAAAUCUUUCUGUCUUCCAUAAAACUCGCCGGAUGCACAUUUUGAAGCGAAUUCGUCCGCGGUACCAGGACGAGUUCGAUAUCUAUGUUGGUGAGAACCCAGUUAUACUGGAAAAUGAUACAACAGCCAUUCAAUGGUGGAGUCGGCCUAUUUUGCAUGGAGGAUAUCCACGGCUCUCACAGCUUGCAAUCGAAGUUCUCUCGAUACCCGGAAUGAGUGGCAAGCCAGAAAGAGUUAUUUCAGGUUAUCAUCGUCGUGUCCCAUGGGAUCGUACGAAGGCUAGUGUACGACUGCUUGAAGCAUCAGAAUGCGUAAAGGACUGGGUUGCGCAAGGAAUUCUAGUAGAUACUCUUCUAUAA